AAGGUUGUUGAAGCAUUGAUCGCAUAAACGGUUUACUGUAAAGUCGUGAUGGAUAAAUACGAGGAGAAUAUUUUGAGGUUAAACAUAAAAAUACGUGACCUAAUUACACAACUCGACUGUAUGGAAACCAAAAACCGGAAGCUUCAGCAAGAAAACAAUGUGCUAGUAGAAGAUGUGGCAAGCUUUCGCGCACAGUAUGCGUUAUCCGAAGAGGGACGGCUGCGUUGUAAGUCGGUGCUGGAGAAAGAAAUAGCUCGUAAUAGUGAACAGUACGAGGCACAGGUGUUGCUAAAAAAACGAUACAAUGAUCUAAUACGCGAGUACGUUGCGCAAAACCAGAAACUUAAAUCUUAUGAACAGAAUGCUUUGGAAGUGAAACAAUCACGAGCGAAAAGAAAGCAAGCCCCUGUUGAGAUUAUUGGCAAGCUAUCAGACAUAGGAAAACCAAAGGCUAUCGAAGACAAAGUAGCCUCACUCGAGCAUCGCUGUUCUGUUCUGGAGAAGGAACUUUACAAAGCAUAUACGACAAUUGAUGAUUUAGAGUUCGAACUGGAAUCGAUUGACCAUCUCGAAAAUACAAAUGAACGGUUGGAACAACAGAUUAAAGUUUUAAAAGCUCAGCUAGACCAAUGUCUUUGUGAACCGCUAACACCUGACACUGCCAACAGUGUGACUUCACCAUUGAGUCAUGAUACAUUCUACCCAUUUGAGAGUGUAAAAGACGCCCAACAAAUUUCAACAGCAAAGGGACCAAAGAUCUACCACAAUUUGACUUUAGAUGAUCCGUUCUAUGCGAUGGAACAUUUAGAUAAUGUACAAGAGCUAACAAUACACCAAUCAAGUGUAAAUCGUGCCUCAGAAGCUAUGGAAAGAGAUGGACAUCAUGCACAAAACCAAAACUAAUAACCGUUUGAAAAUUUGACCAAAACUCAAAGAUACACUUGUUGAGUUAUUAUUAUUAUUAUUAUUGUUUUUUAUUUAUUGUUUACUCUUCAACGGGCAUUUAUUCAAUCCAAGUAUUGAAGUAUCAGUAAUCAUUCAUGUCAAACAGUCUUAUGUUAGUUUAAUAUGUAAUCAAAAUCAAAAUAUACUUCUGGGCGGUCCCGUGAAACAGUCGUCAACUCGACUCAAUAAUAUGCCCGUCAUGGAUUUAAAUCUAGAAUGGAUCGUUCCCACGUAGCAAGGAUUGACUAUCCGGCUCGAAUUGACCGCACGGUAAUGAAUUAAGUCUCGAAAGCCUCUAUAGGCCGACAUGUCCGUGUAGGACGUUACGCCAAAGAGAAGAAGAUAUACCUCGUUAAUAGUUCACUAGAAAUUUAUAAUAAAAAUGAAAAUCUAAUUACCCGCA